AUGGAGGACAAGUUGAGUUGCAAAGACGAACUUGAAAAGCAGGGGAAGAUAGUGAGUUGGUGCUCGCAAGUGGAAGUUCUAAAACACCCUUAUGUUGGUUGUUUUUUGACUCACUGUGGAUGGAAUUCAACUUUAGAGAGCAUAGCAUCUAAGGUACCUAUUGUGGCAUGUCCACUCUGGAAUGAUCAAGUUUGUAAUGCAAAACUCAUUCAAGAUGUUUGGAAGAAUGGUGUUAGAGUUAAUGUUAGUGAAGGUGGUGUCGUGGAAAGAGAUGAGUUCAAUAGAUGUAUCACGAUCGUGAUGGGGGACGGUGAAGAAGGGGAAGAAUUGAGAAGAAAUGUCAAGAAAUUGGGUGAUUUAGCUAAGGAAGCUAUGAAGGAAAAUGGUACAUCAAGUGUGAAUCUCAAGAUGGUUAACACACGUUUCAACGGCGUCAGGCUCGUAGCUCCCGUCAAUGAGCAAGCUAAGAAAUCUGCAGCAAGACGCCGUUGUCGAGGCAGGGAGGUAGAAGAGAAUUUGGAAAUCGAGAAUGAGGAGGAGGUUGGACCAGAAGGGGAUGCACAGGCAGAGGCUACAGGUAUUCCUCCCUUAGACCCAGUGUUAGCUCAACAAAUUAUGACUUUAAUGAAGGUAUUGGUUGGUCCUGCAGUUCUUCCCGCAGCGCAAGCAACUCAAACUCCCGUUACCCCCCCCCCCUCCAUUGUUGCUAUUGUUCCCAAGGAGGGGGAAGUUGUAGGCACUGAUGCCUUUUUCCGUCCCCUAUUGGGUUUUGUGAUGACUGGUAAUGAGCAUGAAAUGUUGACUAAGUUUCUGAAGCUAAAGUCGCCUAUGUUCCAUGGUUCUGAGAGUAAGGACGCCUAUUAG